AAGAAUCUUUGAAUGCAUUUUCUUUAUUUCCCAUCCUUUAAGUUAAAUACAUGGCACUGUAAUAUACUGAAGCAACCAUAUAUGAGUCUUGAAACUCAUUCAUAUACACUUCUUGGUAAAGGAGUCUAGUCCUUUACUCUGAUGACUUCAGACCCUCAUUAUAAGGCUAAACCUUAUAAGGUCUUGGAAAAGCAAGUAGAGUUUCAUAUCAGACCAUGGGAGCUUAGUGUGGUUUGGGGUAAAGACAAGCGAUACUGGAGUGUACCGGAUCAUAACGACACUAGGAAGGAUCCACACACUGAACUAUUACAAGUAUCUUGGUUAGAGGUAACAGGUUCAAUCAAGCUCAAGGAUUUUGCGAAACCAGGAAAAUACAAUGUCAGUUUCAGGAUAGGCAUGAAAAAAGAUGCAUUUGGAUGGAGCGGAAUGCCAGUGUAUAUAAUGGCCAAGAUUGGAAAGAAAGGGAAGUAUAUCUGGAGGAGCGCAAAUAUAGCUCAUAAAGAUGAUUCGACAAAUUUUGAAAUCCCUGAAGGAGCACCCCUUCAGAUUGAGAUUCCAGACCCUGAUGAUUGUAAAGAAGAUGAAGAACUUCAUUUCGGCUUGUAUGAAGUCUGGAAAGGCAGAUGGAAAGGUGGUUUGCAGAUUUAUGAAGCUAUCAUUAAACCUGCUGAACCCAAAAACAAGAUAGCAUCCAACUAAUAGUUCAGCUAGGGCUUGAACUAGGCAAUAGUUCGAAACAAUCUCUGUUAUGUAAUAACAUGACUGCGUAAUCUGCAGCAACUCUAUAUAAUAAUAGUAUUGUUAUAUGGACCUUAUUGUUAGACCAGGUUAACAUACCAUGCAACGUUUAGAACCGGACAGCGUCCCGUGCCAAGUUAGUGAAUGAAGACUGGCAUUCAUUGCUGAUGGGUAGAACGCUGGAAUCUUGAAAGUUACAGUGAAGUCAAUGUGUACCGUAUAAAUAACUUUUCACUCUA